AUAAGAGCCAUAACACAGAACCCUGCAGAUGGAUAAUUAAAUGCGUGAUGAUGUCAGGGCCACCGCCUUGCCUCUGUUACGGCCCCGCUGAGUAGGCAUGGGCCGGUUACCGGUUUCAAGGUACACGGCAUUUUGAAAAGGUGGCCGUUUCAAGACCGCAAUCAUUUUGCAGUCUUGUGUUAUGCGCAUUUUUUUGGUUGUUGUUGUCAGUGCAAGCAAAGUGACCGCGGUACCGCGGCCUGUUAGAGGAAGGAUAUCAUAUCGCAUAUCACGAGAGCACCAACAUCACUAUUUGACAAAAUAAAGGUAACGUAACGUUAUGAUGUUACGUCUUGAAAUGAAUGUUUUCAACCAGCUACUGGAGUUAGCGUGUCUAGAAUUGGUGAAAUAAAUACUAUAACUAGCUAACUAGCGUGGAUAACCUCAGUUUGUUUCCACAGAGCACACCUGCCUUUAAUUUGCAUGUGCUUGUGUAGAGUGUGUGGAUGGACAAAUAAAAUACCUGCACCUCUCUAAAGUAUUACAUAUUGGCAUUGAAUAGCAUAUAUGAAACAUAAAUGUGAUAAUAUCAUAAAUAAUUGGCCGCUACUUCACGGAAUUGAUUUAUUCCGGGAGUUUUCUGGAACAUAAACACGAGUUGACUGUCGUUCUGUUUUUAGAGUAAGUGGGUAAGUAGGACUCCACACAUUCUUCCUUACAACAAGCAGCAAAUUGAAUGCGAACAAUUCUGUUGUUUUGAACUUAAUACUUUGGAAGCGAAAGUAUGCAGCCUAGGGUUUUUUACCCCCCCCCCCCCCUUUCUCCUACGUCUACAAACAAACACCACUGUCUUAGCCCUCCUCCUCGACCGUGGGCCGUCACUGAUUGGCUCGUAGCCAGAUUCCGAGGCAGCGCUGCGGGUGACAAACACUUCCUCCUCGAGUCGCCGAGGCGGAGUCCGAGUCAGGAAGCGACUCUUAUUGCCUCCCUCUGACAGCGACCUCCACUCACUCGCUCACCUAGUUACACGGCGGAGCGCCGCUCGAACACGCAAACGCCGUCUUCCCAACACCUUAGCUCAUGAGAAAGACUACCUUCUCCAGCUUUAGAUGGUUAAAAAACCAGAGGAAAGCGGUGGUCACCACAGUGGACAAGAAGAUACCAAAUGGCAUCCUGGAGGAACAAGACGCGACGGUGGUCCUCCUGCCCCGAUCCGCUUCGGCCGCCAAGAACUACCCGCCGCUCGCCGUGGAGCACCUGGAGGACGAGUACAGGCUGCGCUCGGCUGACGACGGGAAACUUUUCCGGGAGGAGUACAACUCUCUGCCGGGGGGCCACGCCCAGGGGACGUACGAGGAGGCCAGCAAGGACAACAACAAGGACAAGAACAGAUAUCCCAACAUUCUUCCCUAUGAUCAUUCCAGGGUGGUGCUGACGCAGCUGGAAGGAAGUUCCGACUACGUCAACGCCUCGUACAUCGACGGUUUCACCGUUAAAAACAAAUUCAUAGCAGCACAAGGUCCAAAAGAGGACACGGUGGCCGAUUUCUGGAGGAUGAUUUGGGAGCAGAAGGUGUCGACAGUCGUCAUGCUGACCAACUUGAAGGAGAGGAAGGAAGACAAGUGUUACCAGUACUGGCCGGAUCAGGGCUGCUGGACCUACGGGAACGUGCGCGUGGCGGUGGAGGACUUCACCGUGCUGGUGGAUUACACCAUACGCAAGUUCUGCAUACAAUACCAAUCCAGCGACGCCGCCAAGACGCCGCGCCUGAUCACGCAGCUGCACUUCACCAGCUGGCCCGACUUCGGUGUGCCCUUCUCGCCCAUCGGCAUGCUCAAGUUCCUCAAGAAGGUCAAGGCGGUCAAUCCGCAGUUUGCGGGGCCCAUCGUGGUCCACUGCAGCGCUGGCGUGGGUCGGACCGGCACGUUCAUCGUGAUCGACGGCAUGAUCGACAUGAUGCACGCCGAGCAGAAAGUGGACGUGUUCGGCUUCGUCUCCAAGAUCCGAGAGCAGCGCUCGCAGCUCAUCCAGACGGACAUGCAGUACUCGUUCAUCUACCAGGCGCUGCUGGAGUACUACCUCUACGGAGACACGGAGCUGGACGUGUCGUCUCUGGAGGGACACCUGCACAAGCUGCACAACACCUUCAACAAGGGAGACCGCGUCGGCCUGGAGGAGGAGUUUAAGAAACUGACCAACAUGCGUAUCAUGAAGGAGAACAUGAGAACGGGGAACCUGCCCGCCAACAUGAAGAAGAACCGAGUUCUGCAGAUCAUUCCGUAUGACUUCAACAGAGUUAUUCUCUCCAUGAGGAGAGGUCAGGAGUUUACCGAUUACGUCAACGCAUCCUUUAUAGAUGUAAGCCCCUUCUAUGGGAUACCGACAGAAGGACUACUUCAUCGCCACGCAGGGCCCGCUGCAGCACACCGUGGAGGACUUCUGGAGGAUGGUGUGGGAGUGGAAGUGUCACUCCAUCGUCAUGCUCACCGAGCUCCAGGAGAGGGAGCAGGACAAGUGUUAUCAGUACUGGCCCGCGGAGGAGUCGCAAACGUACGGCGAUUACGGCGUGGAGAUGAAGGGCGACGCCUUGUGCGACACUUUCAGCCUGCGAGACUUGGUACUCACCUUCCUGCCGGAGAAGCAGACGCGCGUGAUCCGGCACUUCCACUUCCACGGCUGGCCCGAGGUGGGCAUCCCGGCCGAGGGGCGGGGCAUGAUCGACAUCAUCGCGGCGGUGCAGCGGCAGCAGCAGCAGUCGGGCAACCAUCCCAUCGCGGUGCACUGCAGCGCCGGCGCGGGGCGGACCGGUACGUUCGUUGCACUGAGCAACAUCUUGGAGCGCGUCAAGGCAGAAGGCCUGCUGGACGUCUUCCAAACUGUCAAGAGUUUACGCAUGCAGAGGCCGCACAUGGUCCAGACGGUGGAGCAGUACGACUUCUGUUACAGGGUGGUACAAGACUUUGUGGACAUUUUCUCCGACUAUGCCAACUUCAAAUGAGCCGAUUCUCUGCCUUAUCAACGUUGUGAUUGUCCUUUCUGUUUGACUCGUCGUUGUUUUUUUUCUAAAGCCGGUCGAUAAAUGAUCUAUUUUUUGCAAUGCACUUGUCCUAACAUCAACUAAACCUACGUCCCCCGCCUGUAUUAUAUAAAAAGAAUUGUACAUGAGUUAAAUAAAACAAAGUGGUAAUUUAUAUUUUGUGGUAUGUAUAAUAAUUGUCUCUUUAUUUCAUUUUUCUUGUUGUAUAAUAUUGUACUUUGGAAUGUUUAUGUCCAUGUAAUAUUUUUGAAAGUUGUAAAUGUAUUUAUGUACCGAAAGCCACACACAGUUUUUUUUUUUUUUUUUUUUUUUUCUUUUUUCUUUUCCCUUCUUCUCUCAUUUCUUGAUGACUGUGCGACGUGUUCGUGAAGUCCUCGAACGUUCCAUUAUGUACUUGCAAAAUGACACUUAAAUUGUCCUUUUGACACCGAGGGGGGGAAAAAAAGCACAUAAGUCAGCCUUUUACAGCCAAAAACUUCUCUUUUUUUUGGGGGGGUGCCAUACCCAUUUCAUUUUCUAUGAACCCUACUUUUAGUCAAGGCAGAAUUUAGAUUUGAACAAAAAUAGGAAAAACAAAACCAAAAACGUGAGACUGCAGUAAGAGUAACAGCACAGGAUUUCAAAAGUGAUCGAAACAAUACAACAUGUUUGGGUUGUCUCUUUGUAAAGCGUCUACAUGUCAAAUAACUCGAUGGCUGCAUUAAACAAAACUUUGUGAAUAAUUUCA